UUUGUGUGUCCUUGCAGGUUUUCUCGAAAAUCCGGGUGUGAAAGUCCGACGCCGAUUGCUGCGGGGUAGUUCGGGUCGCGACGUCACUUGCCUACCGGGCUGCGUGGAACCCGCUUUUUAAAAUAUACAAAUUCCCCCUCCCCCUUUUCGCGUUAGUCCCGAAAACAAAGGAAGACAAGAAUACGAAACCGGAAGAGAACACAAGAGACAAGAGAAAGAAAUAUAAAAAAAAUACGGAAGGUGUCAUAAUAAAGGGAGACACAGUGACGAGGAAGCGCCGCGAGAUGAAGGUGCCCCCGGGGUCCGUGCCGGCCCCGUUGACGCUGAACGGCGCCACUGGCGGCGGUCAGGGCUUGCACGGCGGCCUGCCGUUCGGCACAGACAUUUUCUGGAGGUACCCGAUGCUUCUGCCGCAUCACGCUCAGCCGCACACACCGACCACGCCGACGACACCGUUGCUACUGGACCUCAGAUCUCAAAUGCCCCACCAUCUGCCUGUUGACCCGAGGGCAUGGUCCAGAGACGAUGUGACUUCUUUCUUACGUUGGUUCCAAGAAGAGUACGACGUUCCGAAAAUUGAACUCGAAAAAUUCUUCAUGAAUGGAAAAGCGUUGAGUCUGCUGACGAAGCAAGACGUUUGCCAGAGGGCGCCCGGCGCCGGAGACAUUCUGCACAACGCCCUCCAGCUACUCUUGGCGGCAUCUGCAACAAUGCGGUUCCAGCCGCCGACCCCAGCUUCAACAGUGCCGCCACCGAAUCCGUUAUCCGGUCCGGGCCUAAGCCCACCGCCGACCCACAACGGCAACAACAACAACAGCCACCAUCACCACCACCAUCAUCACCCGUACUACAAUGUCGGGGAUCGGAGGAGUCCGCAUUCGGCAGCUGCAGCAGCCGCCGCGGCGGCUGCUGCCACAGUUGUCGAACAACAGUUGGGUUCUCACUUCCUGGCGCCGCCGAGCUCUGUGACGUUGAGUCCGGCGCCUUCGACAGACGAUAAUAGCACGUCGGGUAGCCCGAAACAUUCGGGAGCGGAUUUCCAUGCCCAGCAAGCGUUGCCCAUGUUGGCGGCGGCUGCUGCUGCGAGGUCACACCAGGCGGCGUUGUUGUAUGCGACCCGGAAUGUCCACGACCACGAUGGGUCGAAUGGAAUGGCUGACCCGGGAAACAGCGGCGACAGCAACGGCGCCAACUCGGACAUGGAAGACAACGACACGGGCAGCGACGGGCACCGAGACCACGGCAGCCCGACGAGUUCGGGAUCCUCUGAAGGCAACGGAAGUGGACAUGCCAAUCACCAGAUUCAUCACAUGCCCAAGCUGCAUUCGGCCUUUGGCUACUCACCUUCGUCCCCUGGCCUGAGGCACAAUAGGUCUUUGUCCCCGGGAUCCCCCGACGGACUAGACUCGCCCAACGGUGCACAGAUCAAGGAAGAAGUCGUGGAAACUGGCUCAGGUGGACGUCUGUUGUGGGACUUUCUGCAGCAGUUGUUGAAUGAACCGUCACAGAAGUACAGCCAUCUCAUUGCGUGGAAGAACCUGGAUACCGGGGUUUUCAAAAUCAUGGACCCUGCGGGCCUGGCGAGACUCUGGGGCAUCCAGAAGAACCACUUGUCCAUGAACUACGACAAGAUGUCGCGCGCGUUGCGCUACUAUUACCGUGUCAAUAUUCUCAAGAAAGUACAAGGAGAAAGGCAUUGUUACCAAUUUCUCCGAAACCCGUCAGAGCUGAAGGGGAUCAAGAACAUAUCGCUCUUGCGGCACCUGCCGCCACCGUCCCCGUACGCAAUGGAGGACGCCAAGACGCCCAAUGGUCGCGUGCCGCCAACGGCGUCCUCGGACGACGUCCCUCACGACCUGUCGAUCCCCAAGUCCGAGCUCCGCGACUCUCCCGUCUUCACGUUCAACGUGGCCCACACGGGGCUCGUCAAGUCUGAACCGGGUUCCGAACCCGGCUCACCAGCACCCUACUCGCCCAGAUCUCACCUGCCACGUCACCGUCUCCAGGCUGCCUACGACGAGGCGCCCACGUCCCCGAUAUCUGCCAUGGACUGCUCGCCCCGCGUCGAAAUCAAAGCGGAGAAAGACUAGGUUCAGUCUAACCCUCCCCCUGGAACCCAUUUCCCCGUUUGGAAAAAAAACCAUAUCCCACCGUCCGUAUUUCACCCCGCAAAUUAAAUUGAGCUUUCCGCCGUAGAGAAAAAAUCUUUCUCUCGCAGGGUUCUUCUUGAAAUUUCAUUUUGGUCUAUGCACGUAUUUUUCCGUUAUAAGAGAAAAGUUAUUGGAAAUUUUUAUAAUUAGUGUACCUCCAGUUUUCGCACAUGCCGAAUUGAACUCAUGACGAACGUGGUAGAACUUCCAAUUUGUUGCUGUGGUUAACUUCAUAACUGUGUGCAGAUUUCUGCCAAUUCUUGCUUACAUAACAGUAUCCUCAGGUAUCAGGUGAAUGCAUAAUCUGCUGAAGUAUAUGUAAUGUGGCAAUAUUCAAUUUCUCCCCACUUGAAAAUGUUUUUCUUUUCAACAUUUGUUUCCCCGAUGUUCUUCAAUUUCCCGUGAUUAAUCAAAAAUGUUCCUUACGACCGAGAGAGUAGAGAUUAAAAGUCUCAAUAGGAUUGUGUUCAAAAAAUUUCAAGACGCAAAAAUUUGCUUGCAAGCAAGGAGUUUCUAAUAAUGGAAUUUCGAGAAGACCCUAUAGAAGUGUUUCAUCUUUGAUUGUGGUGACGUCGGUGUUCGAGUGUUGGAAAAGAUUUGAGGGAUGCUUUUUUCACGUGUGGGUUUUGCACUUGCAAGGCCGAUUGAGACGAGAUAGGCAUAUGAGAGGAAAUGUUCGAUCGAGGCUCGAGAAGUGUGGCGGGGAAAAAGAAACGAAGUUGAGUGUGAUUUUUUUUAGAGCUCUAUGUAACGAAAUGGGGGUUUGCUGUUGCUUAAUUAUUACUAUUUUUUUGCUUGGAAGAAAAUGAAAAAAAAUCACUGCCGUUUCACACUGGCGAUGAGAAUAACGUGAAUAUCGCAUUUUGUUUGGAAGCGUGGAGGCGAAGGAUUCGAAAAAGCGGGGUGGAUUGUUUGUCUCUUGGUCUUUAUAAAAGAUUCAUUCACAAAUUUUUUUUGUACAAGUGUUGAGUGCGAUUGGAUUCGGAUCAAAGUCCUCCCGGUUUGUCCAAGUUUUGCGUUAAUAUGCAGUUCUCGUGGAGAAUUAUGAGUGGUGAAGCGCGAGGUUUUUCUUGGUUGUCUGAAGGGCCUGUCCUUUUCUCUCAGAAUUAAUUUUAAGGGUGAUGCGGUUUUUCUCUCUUUUUUAAAAAGAUAUUUUUGCCUGAAUUCGCACUGCCACGAUGUUUCCGGAAUUGUCUCUUUGUUUUCACCUUACGGAGAAAGGGUCGGAUGCGUGUUGCGCGAUUUGCAUUCCUACGAGGCGGGAUGGGCAGUUUUUUUUAAAUGUUCACUGCUUUUUUGCAUUCUUGGGCAUCAGCUUAAACAAACGCACGAAGCUAGUCUAUCGGUUUUACACAUCACUUUUUUCGUGGCUUUCGUUUUCCUGGUUGCACGACCAGCGGUUUUAUUUGACUCCGUUCAUCUAAUUUUGUUUCCCCUUGGCCGCAAGAGUCUCAGUUCCGUUUUGUCUUUCGGACGAAGUGCGUGUUUGUCAAUUGAUUUCAUUUUCUAUAAGGUGGGCAUAGUUUCGUUAGACUUAGUUGUCACGCAAACAAUUGAUGGGAACUUGAAACCAACCAUCGGGAACGCGACUUCUUUUUCACGAUUCAUGAAACGUGUCGGCCCCCUUUUUCUUCGUUCCGUUAGCCACGUCGGGUCUUUGGGUUUCCACAAGUUUUGUGAGCAGAUUUCAUUUGGCCACGCAAAUAUUUCACGGUUAGCGAGAUGCGUAGAUAUAAGGACCAUGUGUUUUCUGGAUGUGAUGGAAAAAAAUGCAUCGAUUUAACUGAACAAUUCGGAGAGGUGAUGAGAACUUUUUUGGAAGGUUUUUAUCCUCGGAUUCCGCUGUUGAAUGGAAUGAUGACUACAAUGCACUCCAGGUUUAUGUGGUUGGAUUUGAUGCUUGAAGUGGCAACGGGAAUCCUGAAAAUAGACGUUGAUCGUUUUUCUGUA